UGCUUUAGUCGUGCUCUCAUCAUCAAAGCAUCAUUCUCACUUAGUCUCUCUUUCAAUACAAUCCAUUUGCCCAAACACUCAUUUGUCUCCGCAACUAACACGUUCAAAAUGCGCGCCACCACUCUCACCGCUGUUUUCGCCUCCUCCCUUAUUACGGCUGUUGCCGCUGUUCCUCAGGGCUUCAGCUGCAAGUCCGAGGGCUUCUGCACCUACAGCGACCCCAACUGCAACUUCUGCCUUAACAUCGACGCUGCUGCCAAGAUCAAGGUCUGCCAGGCCAUUGACCCCACCUACAAGAGCGCCCCCGGCGACAUCACCCGCGGCCCCUCGGGAGCUGACUUCCAGUGCGUGGUUACUUGCUGCCACUAAGCGAGGGAUGUCAUUUAGAGUUCACGAUGCAUCGUCUAGCUUAUCUGGAGCGCAUCUAGCUUAGAUAGAUUGCAUACAAAGCCAAAGACGAAUAAACGUUGAUUCAAUCGCCCUUUUCAUGUCAUCAUCUCCUUUGAAUCUGAUGCUCAUUACCAAGCGAAGUUUUUCUUUGUCAGGGGUUUCAAUACCAUCUCGGUUUGCUAAAAAAAAAAAAAAAAAAUAAAGCUCCAGCAACGUAGAUCGCGGCGCAUUCUGUGAAGGCUGUCCGAGUAAGACGGCGCCUACGCUCCCCGAAGUAGGCAAG